UCUCCUCCUCCUUCCAAAACAAAAACCAAACCCUCCGCUGUGUCUCUCCAUUCAAAAUUUUCCUUCUCCUCCUCUUCCUCCGCUAUCUCCCCUUUCACUUGUUCUUCUUCCCUCACACUCAUGGAGGAGAGCGCUCGACCGAAACCGAGGCUAUUCCAAGGCACGUUUCGUCCAUCCUUCGCCUCCUGCAGCUCUCGAACCCUCUCUGAUGUCGUCGACAAAUCCGUCCUUCUCCCCCGCCAGAACUCCUUCCACAGCCUCCCCACGAUGUGCAAGCCCAUUUCUCCACUCCAGCCUGCCAUCAGGCCCGGCCCGUUCCCGAUCCCAAGGGUGCCCGAGGACUCGAUACCGGCCUUUACAAUCGGCGACGUCUUAAGAGGACGGGUUUGCCCCACUGCGCCCAUCGUUUCGCCGCUCAACCACCCGUUUCAUAAGCUCGACGAUAACAAGAAGAAACACAAGUGCGAGUUGUCCCGGUUUGAGGACCGGUGGUUUAGCAGCGAUGACCAGAGGGAGGAGGAGGACGAGACCGACACGCUCUUCUCCUCCAGAAGCUUCUCCUCUGACUCCUCUGGAUCCCACCGGCGACGGCGGAGCGCUCGCCGGAGGAGGAGAAGCCGAUCGGAAGUCAAUGUUUUACCCAUGGACAGCGAUGACAAGAACAACAACAUCAAGGGCAGCUUCGCCGUGGUGAAGAAGUCGAGCGACCCCUCCGGGGAUUUCAGGAGGUCGAUGGUUGAGAUGAUCGUUGAGAAGGAGAUGUUCGGAGCCGAGGAACUCGAGGGCCUGCUCCAAUGCUUCCUGUCCUUGAACUCUCACCAUCACCACAAAGUUAUUGUUGAGGUGUUCACUGAGAUUUGGGAAGCUCUCUUCCCUCACUGGUCCUGAAAAAAUCUUCAUUACUACGUAACUCUCUUAAUUUGUACUUUGUAGCUCUUUUUGGGCUCGAUCAAUAGAUAUAUUGUUCUAUCAAGA